GGUCACCUGAGUGUGUUCUCCCUGCUGUCCCAGCGCUCUCUUCGCUGGCAGCUGAUCUCCAUAGUCGUCAUGAUGAUGGGCCAGCAGCUGUCGGGUGUCAAUGCGAUCUACUACUAUGCCGACAGCAUAUACGGCUCUGCAGGAGUCAGGGAGAGUGACAUCCAGUAUGUCACAGUGGGAACGGGAGCAGUGAAUGUCUUUAUGAGUGUAACUGCUGUGUUCAUCGUGGAAGCCUCAGGUCGCCGCCUGCUCCUCCUCUGUGGUUUUGGGAUCUGCUGCGGAGCCUGUGUGCUGCUCACUGUCGCACUCAACUUGCAGGUAUCUUACAGACCUGUCAGCGCUACUUAUGCCUGUCCCAUUCCUUAUGUGGUGGCCACUGAGAUGUUCCGGCAAACAGCCAGGCCUGCGGCGUUCAUGGUGGCCGGCUCCGUCCACUGGCUCUCCAACUUCGUUGUUGGUCUAAUCUUUCCCUUCCUCGAGCGAGGCCUGGGCCCCUACAGCUUCAUCAUUUUUGCCGUCAUCUGUCUGGUCACCCUGAUCUACAUCUGGCUGGUGGUGCCCGAAACAAAGAAGAAGACGUUCCUGGAGGUCUUCCAGAUGUUUGCAAAGAGGAACAAAGUGGAGUUAAAUCUGGGUGACGGCGAUCUCCCGCUGAAAGAGCUCAAAGAGAGCGCACAGGAUGUACAGAAGGCCACGCCUUUCUGAAGAAAGAAGAAGAACAUUGAUAGAAGAGGAAGUAUUCACUGCGGGUGUGGAGCGAGGGAGUGUGUGUGUGGUAGAAGACUUGACAGUGUUUUAAUUUUAGAUGCCUCUGUGUGCCUUUUCUUUGUAUUUGUGCCUGCAGAUGUUGGUAGAU